AUGAGCAUGAUUAAAUUUUCCUAAAUCAGCACUAUUGUAAGGAGGUUAUACUAGAUUGCCAGAGACAUCACUAGAAUAAAAGAUACCUGGAUUACUUCUGCAUUGAGGCUCUUGCGAUUUAUCAAUGCUCUAUUUUUGCGACUUCUACUUACAUAGUAGAACUCAAAACUACACAGCAAAAAUUAAUUUCAAUACAUAGAAAACUAUAAUCGCCUACCUAUCAAAACGUUUCAAUUAUGUAAGAUUAAAUUUUGUGCCUUGUUGCUUCCUGUAAUGCAUUAUGACUAGUGGAAAUGCUAUCCUGUAAAAAUGGCUAUAUGGAUUGUUAUGUUAGAGCAACUUAUUCUUCAACUUGCAAUUCAUUCUGUGUUGGGUGUUCUACAGGUGAGUCAACUAUGAAACCAGGUCUUCACUACAUAAAAGCGUUAAGCAAGGUCAGAAUAAUAGAAAGAAUAAUUUUUAAAAGAGGAUGAGCUGAUUUUUUAAAAUAAACAAAGCAAAAUUUAGUUGAAGGCAAAAAGCAAAGACCAAAUACAAGCUGGAAUUAAUAAACAAUUCAAGAAGUAUUGUUAUUAUCAAAUUCUAGUUUAAUGAUGAUCUUGUAUUACAUAAAUGGAAACUCUAGUAUUUCGCAUUUUCAUCAUGUAUUAUCUAGGAGGGCAUAUUUCAGAACUUGCAUAUUUAACUUUUCAACCGAUAUAUUGGAGUUGUUGUACACUUACCAAAAAUUAAAUUAAAUAAGGUUCAAAAGCAGAAAGAAUUUUAGACAUUUCAGUUCAUAUAAUUAAAGUUAAUAAAAUUAUAUGGAAAUAAAAGAUAUAUUACCAGACCAACAAUUCAACAUCGGCGAAUAUAAAAGAAGCAUUCCUAAAUGCCAUGCAAAAGUAAUUAUAACUGCCUCUUGUAUUUUUGCAAAAAUACAAAUAUAAUAAAACAAAAGGAUAUCUAUAAUUUCUUUAACAUUACAGCUACAAUGA